UGUAAAGCAAUUUUUUUUUCUUUACGUGUAAAAGAAAUAAAUUACUCUUAGUAUUUUUAAUUUUUUUUAAAUAUGGCUGAGGAAAUAGACGACAAUGAGUUUUUCAAACAAGAUUUUACAACGGCAUCCGAGUGGGAAAUUUUCAAUGCUCGCUUGGAUGAAAUAUUUUUGGAUUGGAAAUUGCCAUAUAGAUCGUGCAGAAGAUCUUUUAAGAAAAAUGAAUUAUUUUUAACCAGUUGGGAAACACGUUCUGAAAAUAUAUUUUUUGCUGAUGUAGAAAUGAUUGUUACUUACUAUAAAGCAAGAAUUUUUGAUGAGGAGGAGGAAAAAAGCAAUUUAGAAAAUGAAAAAGUGCCAUCUUCUGCUGAAAAAACUUCUCCAGAAAGCCAGUCAAAAGAAUGCCAAACUCAUUUAGAUCUUAUGAAUUUCGCUAAUAACUUUUGCAUUUAUGAAGCAAACUCAUCUCGUAUUCAUCCAUUAGCAAUGUGGUACGGAUUGCGUGAGUUCGUUGUUAUAGAAAUGGCAAAUGGAUCUCUGCUUAAUGAAAGUCAAUUCAAAGUUCUUCUAAGCUCUGCUUGUAUUAGUGUUAAUGAAAGUAACACAGAUGUUCCUGUUUUUAUUCGAGUGAUGGAGAAGCAUUUGGAUGUCUUUUUAGGAGUUAGUGAGUCUCCAUCAAUUCGUAUUAAUUUUAGUAUAGUGGCUUUAGAGAAAACUCCACCAACGUGUCGCUAUUUAUCAGACCUUUUGUGUAUGUUUAAAGUGAAAAUAAAGAAUACAUAUCUUGAUCCAACUGCGGUUACUGUUUCGGUUCAAUUAACGUAUUCACUCAAGGAUUUUGCAAAUCGAGAUUUUUUUUUGAAAUGUAAAAUACCUUUUUCAUCUGAUCUGGAAGACAGUCCAGUCGAAGAAGUAAAAUUCAAAAAUGAAGGUACAAAAUUUUGUGUUUUACCUUACGGUGUAUCAAUUGAUCCAAUAGAAGAGCUUGUUUUACAUUGUACGUGGCAGGAAAUUUCAGAAAAUGUAGUUAUAGAUUCUGCAACAUAUUCAGAACUCAAACCGAUGUUAGCACCAUUAUGGUCAAUUCGAAUAAAUAUAAAAAACAAACGAAAUAUUCCUAUAUAUUAUUUAACAGAUGCUUUAGAAGAAUUUUUGAAGUUACAUGAGAAUAAUAAAAGAAUAGGAAAUAUUUUAGGUAGUUCAUAUGAUGUCGCGAGUUCUCAAAAUUUUAUUGAGGGUAAUCCACUUAAUUUGUUGACAGAAUCUAAAAUUCCUAAUCUGAAAAGUGUUUUGGAGGAAAUGGAAAAUAAAAAAAAGAGUAAAAAGAAAAAACAAUUAGAUGGACCAUUGAAAGAAAAAGAGUUAAUUCAAAUGUUAUAUUAUAUGUUUCCUGAUGCACAAUCAGAAUCUGAAUAUCCUUACGAUGAAUUUGAAGGAAAAUAUAGUUUUGAUCCUUGGAAAAUAAAAUCAGCUAUUCCGGACUCUCUUUUGUUUCGAUUAAGUUCUCUAUUGGCUACAGUAAAUAUGUAUUUUAGUGGUUUGUCAGCAGUAGCUCAAUUAUGGGCAGAAUUCACUCAAGAGAUGCGAUAUAGAGUUGAACGUUGUAUUGAAAUACCUGGUGUUGCCCCAGGAUUUCCAGAUUCACGAACAUGUUUAUUACAUCAAAAAUUACAAAUGUUAAAUAUUUGUAUGGAACGUCGUCGUGUACGUGAAGGUAAUUUACCAUUUUCAAUGAUCGAAAAAAAAGGUAUACGAAAAAAUUCAAUGAAAAAAGAUGAAGAUUCGGAUGAAGAAUUUUAUGAUUGUGAUGAUGAUAAUGAUAAUAAAGAUUCAGAACGUCAUGAAUUAUAUAAUAAACCGGAGGGAAGACUUGAAAAACUUAAUGAUUUAACAUUAAUUGAUAGCGAUGAAGCAUUAUAUAUUCCAAUAACACAAGAUCCUGUACCAAAAACUGAAGAUCAAUUACAUGAUGAUGCUGAAGUAAUGUUAAAAUUAGGACCAGGAUCAGAAUUAUGUGCUCAAAUGAUGACUGCAUCAUUACUUUCUGAUAUGGAAAGUUUUAAAGCAGCAAAUCCAAGUGGAAAAUUAGAAGAUUUUAUACGAUGGUAUAGUCCUAGAGAUUGGAUAGUUGAAACAAAUGAGAAUGGUGAAACAAUUGGUCAAUUAAGUCAAAGAAUGCAAAUACCUGGUAAUACAUGGCAAACAGUUUGGAAACAAGCAAAACCGGUUCCUGCUAGAAGACAAAAACGUCUUUUUGAUGAUACCAAAGAAGCAGAAAAAGUAUUACAUUUUUUGGAAACAAGAACAAUUGGACAAAUUUGUGAAUUAACAAUAUCUACACUAUUUCAUUCAGCUAUUAUUAAAUUACAGGAUGAACUAUCUAAUUCACAAUUUAGUGAAUUUUUUAAAGAUAUUCAGGAUAAAUUUAAUGAAAAUCUUUGUAAAAUUUCUCGUGAACCAUGGAAUUUAUUAAAUGAAGAUUCUGCUUUACCUUUAACGAUUCCAUCUCCAAAAAAAUGGGAAUUACUUUUGAAUGAAAUGAUGAUUUUAGAACGUUCAAUUUUACAUUCCAGAAGUAUUAUAUAUAAAUUAUUUAAUAAUACAGAAAAUUUAAAUGAUAAUCAGAAAGAAAUCCUAAAAGAACUUUUAAAAGGAUAUGAUGCUGAAUUAAAUGGUGGAGCAAAAAAUUUAACAUCAGUAGAAGUUUUAAGUUUAUUUAGUGAAUCAAGGGAAUUAAAAAAUGAAUUUAAUACUGAUAAAGAUGCUCCAACACAAUUGUUUUUACCAGAACCAGUUUGUAAAGAAUAUAUUUUACGUGUUAAUAGUAAAACAACAACAAGAGGUGUUUGUGGACCACAAUUUUUAAGAGCAAUUCUUGACAAAAAUAUGCGUCUAUGUGGUGCUUUUUCUGAGAAUACAACAUUUGUUUAAACAAAAUAUUAUAAAAAUUAAAGAAGUUCGAAUAAUGUUCGAUGGAUGAAAUUCACUCUAUAAGCUUUUUAAAAACAUGCAGGAUAUACAUAUAUUAAAACUAGAAGAGUUGGUAGAAAACGUGACAGUAUACUCCGUAUAAUGGUGCUUUAAAUGUGAAAUUAGUUUUUACUUUUUGAUAAUUUCUGCAAUACAUUGGUGGCAGCUUCAUUAUAUCAUAAAAAUUAGUAUAUAAAAAAAUAUAAUUUUGUUGUAUGUACCGUAUUUAUAAAAAUAGUUGUUGUAAGCAUAAAACUCUUACUUUUUAUAUUUAACAUUUAUUAUUAUUUUUUUUUUAUAUUUAAUCCAAUAAAAUUUUUGAAAGUAAAAGUAAAAAAUAUUUAUUUUCAUUACAAUGAAAAUUUCCUUGCAUAGUA